CAGUUUGACUUCAACAGAUUCAAAGAUCAGCCUAUAAAAAAUAUUCUCCUCUGAGUGAGAUUUCCUGCCAACUGGAUCUUAUUAGGAUUUUACUCCGUAUCUGACAGAUUAAAAUGGCAACAGACAUUUUAAAGGAGCAAUACAACAACCUGCAAGAGGAAAAUUCUCGAUUUAGUCAGCUCAUCAGCCAGCAGAAGGAUCAUUUGGUCUCUCUGGAAAAAAAGAUAACUGUGACAGAGAGCAGGAUUCAAGAGAAGCUAACGGUCCCAGGUGGCCUCCUGAAACUAGAAGGGAAACACAGCCGCCACAGGAAACUCAUCCGCAUCUUAGAAAACAAACUCAACCAGGACACUAUUAAGUUUGACAAGUUGCUGUGCAGCAACAUGAUUUACCGUACAGACAUUGCUCACUUGCUGCAGCAGAAAAGCCUAUGGUGCCACAUCGACAGGAAAUUUAACAAAGAGUUGGCUACACAGCAAAACGUAACGGUGAAACUUGGGGAGAAGGCCAGUCUCGCUUUCAACCAGAGGUCAGAGGCUGAGAGCCGAAUGAUGGAGGUGAAGAAGUGCAUCGAGGUGGAGACAGUUCAGUUCACCAAGAGAAGGAUGCAGCUGAAGACCGCCAUCGCCCAUGAUGCCAAACUGCAGGCUUUCAUGGAGACAAAAUUCCAUGAAAUUACGAAUUUGGAGGAAGAUGAAGACUCCAAGAAGAGAAAGAAACAGCAGCAAUAUGAGACUGAGGCUAAGAGGCUGGAGAUGUACAAGCAGGGACACCACACGCUGGUGGAGGUCACCGGAGAGACAGACCUGCGUCAGAUCGCUCACAUGUUCAUUCAGAAUGAACAGAAGAAUUUUGCACAUGUCAGCUACAUCAAUGAGCUGCAGAAGAGAAGGAACAUGUUGAAGAACUGCAUAGACAAAAAAGAGAUUGACAUCCGGUUUCUGGAGGAAGAGAACAAACGACACAAUGAGCUGAUUCACAGCCAACUUAAAGAUCUAGAGUAUGAGCUGGAAAUGUAUAGCUGUUUGUCAGAGUCCCUGGAAGAGCAGUGCAUGGUGGUUGUGAGGACUCUGGACCAGCUGAUGAAGGCCACCCGUGGCCUUUGUGACCAGAUAUUGCAAGAACCUGUCAGCAUCCGUUCUGACAACAUCACACACAUCAUCAGUAUGCUUGAGGAGAAUGUUAGUAACCUGCUGAUCCAGGCCAACAACAUGGACGAUGAGCAGACGAAGCUGGUUCCUGAAAAUGUGCUGCUAGCCAACUCUGACCUGCUACCAGAGUGUGAGACAGCCGUUGAACCAGAGGGCGGCAGGACUCCUUCACGCUCUCUCAAGUCUGCCUGAUCAGACAGAAAAUGGUUUUCACUGCAGUACAGCAGCCUCUCACACACUUCUGAUGACAAUAAACAACUCAUUGCAGCAUCUUA